GCCGUUCUUUGAGUGUAGCCUCUUUUUGAGGCCACAAGUUCGCCCAAUAAAACGCUAGUUUCGUCUUUCCCAGUUUGGCUGCUUUCUUUACCGUCACUACCACGUGACAACAUGUAGAGGCGCGACUAUUGCCUGCCGAGCCGGUGAGAAGAAGGCUCACGGCAGCUGCAUCACUCGGGAUUCACCGCACCAUGGCUGGCGGGCCUAAAUAAGCCGUGGCCAUGGCAGCCGCCUCUUUGCACCGACUCCGACAAAUUGGUGGCCCGGACGACAGAGCCCAGCCAUGCCAGCGUCAGCGCACCGACUCUACCAGGCGUCGCUCGGAACCCUUCUUUUUCCCGACAUCUGGCGUGGCGCCAUCCAUGGAACCUUCGUUGACCACACGGACCCCCGACUUUCACAACAGUGCCUGGCACCUUAUGGGAUCGGAUGGUGUUGGCUACAUCCGUGUGGCACAUGUGAUGAUGACUUGGGGCGCCCUACUUUAUUUCCACUUUAUACCUAUAAGAGGGACGACGAAAGCGAUGUUGCCCAACAUAGAAAUGGAGGUCCUUCGGAGACUCCACAAGGAAUUUGGCGAGGCUCGCAAGACUGCGGCCUACGAGGGAAACAUUCCUAUCCAGCCUACUCCUCGCGCGACAGUGAGCCGAAAGCACCGACAGACAAUGCAGCUGCGAAGUUCCAGCGACUAACCGACGUGGAAGGUAAUUACCAUAGAUGCGUACCAACUGGGUCGACGACAAAGUUUUACAGCCAUUACAUGAGAUCCGUCGCUAAGGCUAUCGGCGGGAAAACACGUUGUUCGUACCGCGUCAUCGCAUCCUCUCCACCAACUCCGAAACGAGGACUCUUCGGCUGCGUCCUCUAAGCGGAAACCUAGUUUGCUUGCGAUGCGGCUUAGCAGUAAGUGAUAGAGUGACUGAAUUUCUCAACGUUUAGACCAGCAUUCAUUCAGAUGCAUUCAUUUUAUAUAUACAAUGAUACACUGCUUAAUCGAGCAUCAUUGAAACAAACAUCUCAAUCUGAACUAACAGUUGCGAAAUUUCUGUGCCGAAAGGAAGUUCACGUAAAGUGGCGUAUGUUUUUCGUUCUAACAGCAACAUUGUUUACCUGCCUUUUCUUAAAGUAGCUGUUGUCGAACGGGAAAGUAGGUUACAUGUAUCAGAUCUCGCUAUUCCAAUGCACAGUUAAAGGACUGAAGCUUGUCCUUUCCCCAGAUAACACGUACACA